UAGUUUGUGAGUUGUGAUAGCUGUUCUUAAGUGUAACUGGACACAUAUUCACAGACGCGUGCUGAAAAUACAGAAAAGUGGCGCCUUCUCCCUCUUCUUUUUUCUUAUUGUUUGAAUAUCUCCUCUAGUCUGCUGAGGAGUUUCCAGUUCAUCUUUGAAUCAAUUGUGGUUUUCGAGAAGAAUUCUUUCUUCUAGGGUUUUCGUUGAAUUCUUGGGCUGCUUUUCUGGUUUGUAGUGAUGGUGGGUUAUUUCCAGUUGAAGAUGAAAAGAAGGAAAGACGUCGAAGAUGUCAGUGAUGAUUUCGCCGAGUUUUCCCUCUCUCCUCGCUCCUGGAAAACCACAAGGCUGGAUGCUGAAUUGCCUCCGAUACCAGAGGAGGAGGAACCUGAGGUUCCCGUAGCGUUUGAGCUAUCGCUGCCGCGGGAACGGAGGUUUGGUCGUAGUGUAAUACGUAGUUUGGAAACUGAUGAGUUACGCAGUGGGCCUGAGGAUGAAGAGAGGGCUAUUGUGCUUUUCAAAACCAUAAACACUACUUCCAAUUUCUCGGUUUCCAUUGAUCCUGACCUCAUCUCAGGAUUGAAAGUGCUGUGGUCAAACAAAUCAAACUCUUUGAGAGUAGCUAGUGAUGAGGCAGCGUCAAAGGAUCGUGACUCUAGCUCUAGGAAUGGACGUCUAGCAGUUGUCCCGUGGGUUGCACCACAGCUUAUGUCUAAACCUCGAGCUGAAUUUCCUUUGCAAUCUGAUAAGUGUGAGAUGAUGGAUGCUGAAGAGCUGGGGGAAUCAACCAUGGAUGUCGAAGACAAUAUGAGCAAUGAGCAUAGGAAUGCUAACGAAGCUGGCGAGAUGACUUUAUAUGAAGGUAUACAUCAAAGGCACUGCAUGAUUCCACAGCCUCCUCACAACACAACAACACCAAUUUUUUGGUACCAGUGAUUGGCCUUAGAUUAGUGGCAGUAUGGUAAUUACUGCAACAGUUAGUUUUCUGUCAUGUAGCGGCUCCUCCUUUAGGAGUUGCAUGGGCAGGUCUUAGUAAUGAGGAAGUAAGAUUUUUGUUGAUGUUUGCCCUGCCAAGAAGCCGCGUAUUGCUUAUGUUUCUUGAGGCCAUCUAGUACUAGUACUCAAGUGUAGAGACUGUCAAUAUCAAAGUAAAAGAUUUUUUGUGAACAUCACGAUGGAAGAACGUCUAAAACGCAGUGCCCUUUGAUUGAAUUGUGUAUUGAGAUUCUCCUCUGUUCGACUUCAGCUUGUCUGUCAAUAGAAUUGAUGCAAAGCACAGAGAUCCUGAACUUUAUCCUGCUCCAAGAAAAUGUCAGUUCACCUAAUUUCUUCUACUUGUAGCAUCACCGAGUGUCAGUGAAUGAAACCUGGUUCUCAUGCUUGAUCACUCUGAAAUACCUCCCUACUACUUUCAUCCAUGUAAUCCUUCUGAUUCUU